AGAGGGAAGUUUGUACUCUCAAGGAUGUUUGUGUGAAUACUUCCAACUACUGUUCAUUAGAAUUCAAUACAGGCUAGUCAUUUACCUAUUACUAUACCAGUAACCUACUACAAAACACAAUGGGGAAUUGUAUUUUUGCUGGAAAGAAGUUGUUUAGUCAAUGCUACAGUCAUCUUGGACAAAGUAGAAAAUCCUCUGCCGAGUUUGAUUGCUUAAUUGGAAAGGAGAAGUACAGGAGUGUAAAACCAAUCAAAGAACCACGAAAUAUGAUCAAUGAGUACAUGUCAUGGGCCUUGAGUCACAGUCAUUCACCUCUUGUCUUCGACGAUGCUAUGUCUCGCUCGUCACUUUCUUCGCAUUUUGAUGAGUCAAAUAUACCAAUUUCUUCUAGUUGGGUUAGUGAUGGGGCGCGCAGUGAUGCUUCUCAUGUAUUGUAUAAAGAAUUAGAUCCGUUAAAUAAAUCAACAUCUAUGGAACUUGAUAAGGAAAACAAUACGGCAUUCUAUAAAGAGGGGAGUUGGAUUACUGUAGCAGAGCCUUCAAACGGGAAAUAUGCUGCAUCGGGAAACCCACAACAAAAUGUUUUCAGUGACAAAAUCAAGUCUUCUAUCAGCCAUUAUAUCAUGCCUCCGAAUACUGAACAAACAUCAGGAAAUAUACAUCGAGAUGAUAAGCGUAUCAUGGUACAUCCGCUUGUAGAAGAAGUUGAUGGAUUGGAACUCGCUCGUCUGGCUAGGCGAUUGUGGGAUCAUAAUAAAACCAAAUAUGGUAAACCUGUCGGUUCUAAUGAAAAGACUGGAAGCAAAUCCUAUUCAAAGUCGACACCUCUCAGACGUCCCACUGUUUUAAGACUGCGUUCUACUCCACAGACUGUUUUAUCAGAUAUGGAUAAGUCUUCAGUGUCAAAUAUUCAAUUUGAGUCACCCGAUAUGGAUUCAGCCUUUGAUUUAGCAUGGGACCAUGAAGUGGACUUAAAUAUUUCCAAUACUGAAGUGAGAAGAUCAUAUGGUAAACAUGUUCUACAAUCUGUUAUUUCACAUGAGUUCGAUAGCGAAGGACACUGUAAUCAAUUUAUAGCUCGUAACCGGUUUUUCGACUCAAAACAAAAAUCAACAAUACCAACCGUAUAUAAUCCCCAUCCUAGUCAAACUUCAUCAGUUGCCAUUCUCCCCGUACGAAAUGAUAAUUUUCAUCCCAUUACAGACAACCGAUGGGUUUCAAGUGAUAGAUUGCCUGGGAAUGCACGUAGUGGUGUAAAAAAACAUAUACCAUCGCAAACUGCUAUACCAUGCUCCAACUUAAUCUUAUCACCUACAUCUAAUAGUAGUAAUGUUGAUACAGAAUACAAUGCUGGUAAAGUCACUCCUAGACUUGCAUUUCCAGACAAUUUAUUUGACUCUGGAUUUGUUGGUGGCGGUGGCAGUAACAUGAUUAGCAGCUUCUCAGAUUUCGAUGAUGUUGAUGAAAAUGUUAUCGGUAUGAAUGAAGGGAAACCAGUAGACAAUUUGAUCACUGAUCUAUCUACUGAUCAUUCAAGUGAUUUUCUUUGGGAACAUGAGUUAUUCAUUCCACAAACAUGUUAUAAAGCAAAAGGUGUUCACUGUCCAACUACUGUAUAAUACUACAACUACUAUUACUAUCAAGUUCUACUUGUAACAACUAUGAUAUUUGCAAUUAUGUUUAUUUUUAAAAUAAAAUAAAAACAAAGCAACGAAACUUCACAUGAAUAAUGUAGAAGAGGAUUUAUUGGAUUAAAUUGAUUAUUUAUCAUAACCUUAAGGUUCAUUCAGAAUAUUUAUUCUUCUUUUCGCUUUGUUUUGUUAUCAAUUUAUUGUUUUUGUCAUUAUAUCAAAUAAUGAAGGUGUGAAAAAUUAAUUUCUACUCUGUAUUGAUUGAUAAAUUUUUCGCUUUUUAAUUUCUUCCUUUAUUUUUCAAAAAAAUGUUUUAUCAAACCGGUUAUUUUGUUUUCUUUUAAUUUGCAACCCUAGCCAAUAAAUAUAAUCAGUUGUUCUAUCGCUUCUCUCUCUUUCCAAUUCUUUUUGUUAUUGUCGCAUCUCUUUUAUCUCCUACAUAAAUCCUAUUUACUUACCUUAAUCAAAACUACUUGCAUUUGAUUGACUUGCUUGUGUUUUUGUUUACUUGAAUGCCUUUUUCGUGUUCACUGAUUGAUCUUAAAACCGACUUUUAUCAUAAUUUAUACUCAUUAAAAUUACCUUGCUGAUCUAUUUGUUCUGUCCACUGAUCCUUCAUUUUCGUGGUUGAAGGAUUUUUAAUCUGUUCCCUCGCUGUCAAUCUUCAUGUUUCUACAGUGAGCGUUGUGCAUUUCUUCUUCAGCAUUAAAUUCAAUGAAAUUGGGAUAAUUAAUGGCCUUUAUAUUUUGGUUCAUUCUAUUUUAUUGCAUUUUGAUUUAGUCAGUUGAUAUUAACAGAUAUAAAUCACACAUUUAAUUAUAUUUGUCCUUGUCUCUAUUCAUGAAUGUAUUUGUUAUAAGGCAUUUUCAACGUAUAAUUCCUUCAGUAGGUGAUAAACAAUCGUCGGACUCAAUCUAACUUAGCUUGUCCGAUUACUUCAACGCAGUUGUGAUGACAGUUAUUUCUAACUUUAAUAGUUUUAGUUAUAAUCGUCUUUGCAACGUUGUACUGUUAUAUAAAUUGUUUAUAAUCUUGUAAAAUAUGAAAUAGCAACAGAUUUCUUAGAAAUGUCUCCGAAUAAAUUGUUUUCUUUCAUGUUUGUUCACUGUAGUUUCUAAUUGAUGGAAAGUUCCCAUUAUAUUAAAACACAACUAUAUCAACGAAGAAUAUUUUUUUGAAUUAUUUCUCAUCAGGUUCUACAACUGUAUAUCAAAAUUAUUAAUCCACAAAAAAUUGGCUUUGGAUAAUGUUGA